AUGGUUUCAACUGGAUCUUCAAUGAUGAAUAUUCAAACUGUAAUUUCCCAUACUACCGAAGAAACUUUACCAAAGGCCUCUACUUCAGAGGAAGCAUAUCAAAUUGGAAAACAGUGCAAACCUCAAAAACAAAGAGAUGGAAGUAAGAAGAAAGUCUUUUACAUAGAGAAGAUUAAAAAAUUUAAGACUUGCCAACAAUUAAAAACGAGGCUGUUGAAAUUACAAAAUAAGUGCAAAGAUGUUAAAAAGUCCUACCGUGUAGCAGAGAUGAAACCAAAAGGCAGAAAGUUACUUUAA